ACACCAGUGGAUGACUAUGUAGAGAAAGCUAUACAGACUGUGUUUGAUAUACAUACAAAGGUAUGUAGAAACUGUUGUAGCAUUCAACAUUUUGCCCCAAAAUUGCUGACCCCACCCCACCCCCCUCUCUCCUUCUAUUCGGUUUAUGGAAUAGGAACCUGCUGGGGACAUUUUAAUAUUUUUAACGGGUCGUGAUGAGAUUGAUACGGUUGUAUCUGAGCUUUUUGAGCGAUCUCGAACAUUGCCACAGCGAAGCAUGACAUUGAUGCCAUUACCACUGUAUGCAGGCCUUACAGCGGACGAACAACUUGGAAUAUUCCAACCGACGCCCCACCAUUGUCGAAAAGUAAUUGUAUCCACCAACAUUGCCGAAGCAUCCGUGACCCUCGAAGGCAUUGUCUAUGUGAUCGACUGUGGGUUUGUCAAGGUCCGAGCGUACAAUCCCAAAACGGGCAUGGAAGCACUUGUGGUGACACCGCUCUCCAAAGCAUCGGCAUUGCAACGCGCAGGCCGAGCCGGUCGUGUGAGACCCGGCAAAGCCUUCCGCCUCUACACAGAAGAAACGUUCGAGAAACUCCCAGAUACCAGCACACCCGAGAUCCAACGAAGCAACCUGGCGCCAGUGGUGUUACAAUUGAAAGCCCUCGGCAUUGACAAUGUGCUCCGCUUUGAUUUCCUCACCCCGCCCCCGGCCGAACUCAUGAUCCGUGCUCUCGAACUCUUGUACUCGCUCAAUGCCCUUGACGACGUCGGACGACUGACCAUGCCCUUGGGCAUCCAUCUAGCCGAGUUCCCGGUCGAUCCCAUGCUCGGUAAAAUCCUGCUAGCGUCUGGCGAAUUCGGAUGCAGUGAAGAAAUCUUGUCGAUUGCCGCUGUCUUGUCGGUGCAGAACGUGUUUAUCCAUCCGUCCGGUAGUAAGGCUGCUGCCAAAGAUCAAACCGUCAUGGAGAUGCGACGGAAAUUCUGGGUCGAAGAAGGGGAUCAUCUGAGCCUUUUGAAUGUGUAUAAUGCCUUUGUUAAACACAAGUCGGGCAAAUGGUGUCAUGACCGGUUCCUGAACUUCAAGGCCCUUUCGCGUGCCAUGAGUAUCCGUCAACAAUUGGCUCGUUAUUUGAAACGUUGCAAGGUCCCUCUCGUCAGUGCAUUAGCUGCUUCUUCACGUAAGACGGACGACGACGAUGAACGUUGUCGACUUGAAGCAAGUGAAAAGAUUCGUAAAUGCUUGACGAGUGGCUAUUUUGCUCAGGCGGCUCGUGCCGAACCCGAUGGCAGUGGUCGGUUUCGCACUAUCCGCGAUAAUGUCCUCUUGUCAAUCCAUCCAGACUCGGUCCUCUUCAAUCGCAACCCUCAAUGCGUCGUGUUCCAUGAAGUCGUUGAGACAAAUCAAGCCUAUAUGCGUGACUUGACGGUCAUUGAACCGGACUGGUUGACUGAACUCGCUCCUCAUUUUUACGAAUUCAAAACGACAAAACGAUAAAGAUGAUGAUGAUGAUGUAUAAUAUGUAUAUCAUUUGUUGUUUUAUUAGUAUUUGCACAAAAAAAGAAGGAAAAAAAA